AUGCUCUCCCUGUCUCUCCUGCGGAUGGACUGCACGUGUCUCAGUAUGCGUCUUGCUAAAGUCCUGCUCAUUGGCUGCAUGUGCGCGGUGCCGCUGCAGGGUCAGAAGCCGGGUCAGGUGGACCCGCUCACCCUGAGCCGGGCCGAUCCGCAAUGCUGGGAUUCGUCCUCCGCUCUGCUUCUUGAAAUGCGUUCACCACGCAUAGCCGAUUCAGUGCCCGCGUUUUGGGACCUGAUGAUCUUUCUCAAGUCCUCAGAGAAUCUGAAACAUGGCGCAUUGUUCUGGGACCUGGCUCAGGUGUUCUGGGACAUCUAUGUGGACUGCGUGCUGUCCAGAACCCACGGACUGGGUCGGCGUCAGACCUCAUACCCGCAAGAGCGGAUCACAGCUAUGCGCUCCCUUAUCACUGACAAAUCAUUUGUACAAGAUGUGCACACUAACUUCUCCAAAUUAAAGGAGUUCACCCAAGGUUGGUUCAAGAUCCAAGUACAGCGGGUGGGACUUGGCGGUUUGACAGGAGAAAAUCGCUUAAGGACAAAGAGUUCCUCUAAACUACAAAAAGAAUUCUUCUAG